GAUGAGGAUGAUUUUAUGAUGAUAAAGAAAAGAUGUGAUAUAGUUAUCAAUUUAAUUUGCUUACAAGAAAUGUCUAUACAAAUACCAAAAUUUCAAGAGGAAUUUGCCACAAAAACAUACUGGGACAGUUUUUUUACUAAACGAAAAACUGCAUUUGAAUGGUAUGGAGAAUAUGCUGAUCUUUGUAAAUUUAUUCACCAAUACUGCAAAAUUUCCAGCAAUAUUUUAAUGGUGGGUUGUGGAAAUUCACAACUAAGUGAGAAUAUGUAUGAUGUUGGGUAUGAAAGAAUCAUUAAUAUAGAUAUCUCAGAUCUAUUAAUUAAACAGAUGAUUUUAAAGAAUGAAAAAAAAAGACACAAAAUGAGCUAUUUAGUUAUGGAUGUAAGGAAAAAAAAUUAUUCUAUUAAAUCAAGAUACAAGAUUUUGAACAUAUGUGAAAAAUCUACUUCAAAUAAGGAACCGAAUUAUGUUAAAAUCACAUUUCCGGAUUUAUCAUUUGAUAUUGUGUUUGACAAAGGAACUCUUGAUGCAUUAUAUACUGAUACAAGUUUUGAAACAAAUCAAAAUAUUGACAAGAUGUUUAGUGAAAUAAGCCGAGUUACUAAAAUUGGUGGUCGUUACCUUUGUGUCACUCUUGCUCAGCCACACAUUAUAAGUAAAGUUUUGGAAGUUUUUUCAGAUUCUUGGUUUAUAAGAGCACACAAAUUGGAGACAAUGAUGGAUUCCAAUGAAAAAGGACUGGGUGCUAAAUUGCCAGUUUUUCUACUAGUGUUUACCAAAGCAAAAGAAAAAUUGCCAAUAAAGAUUUUAGAAAUAUAUGUUCUUGAAAAUUGUGAAAGAUUUCACACAACUGCUGAAAUGUUAAAUGCUAUUAAGAGUCUACAAGAUUUGGCAGUUACACUAAGCAUGUUGGAAAAAUCAACUAUAGAGGAUUCAGUGUCUAUUGAUGUUUUUUUUGAUUACUCUCACAUUCCCAGAUAUAGUAUAAUUUUAGUUGAUACAAAAAACUCAGAAUUCACAUCAAAAAGAAAUGGACCCUAUGCUGUGUUUAUUGUGCCACAAGGUCAGGAAGGUGAAGAUACAUUUAGUAGUAAAGAGGGAAGAAUGGAACUGGGGCGCAUUGUUGGAUUUGAUAGGCUUGCAAUAGUUUAUCUUCAACGAGGUCACGUUUACACGAGUAUUGAAAAGAUCAAAUUGGAAUUAUCUCAGAAAAUUAUGGAGUUAUCUAAAAAAGGAGUUGAUUCAAAGCAAGUUCCAUUUCUUACUUCAGGCAAUUGUUUAGGAGUGAGAGAUAUUCAAUGUGAAGUAAAUUCCUGUUAUGGUAAAAUAGUUGUUGAAGAUUAUCAAUCAAGUGACGGCAUAUUUUACAGACAACUUGUUUUUAUAAAUCAAUCAUUACCCAUAACUCAAUGUAAAACUAGACUUGUGACUAGUAAAAUUAAAAAGAAAAAGACCAAAACCAAAAAAAGGACAGUUGACUAUCGAUAUCUUGAUUCAAAAGUUUCAAAAGAGGUACUUCUUGGAAUAUUGUUUGGCUAUGAACUAAAUGAAAAAAGUGCAAUUAGCUUAUUGUUUAUUGGUGUUGGUUCUGUUUGUUUAAUUGGAUUUUUAUCUGCAUUGUUUCCUCAGAUUACCAUUUGUAUCUUUGAAAAAGAUGAGCAAAUGAUCCAAGUGAUGGAAAGUUGGUUUGAUUUAUGUCCAUCAAGCAUUUUAAAAAAUGAACAUUUACUCAAUGAAAAAGUUUACGAUGUAGUUGUUGCAAACAGUUAUGUCACCAAUUUAGAAAGUUUAUUAAAAGAUUCAGGUGUGAUUAUCUCUGUCAAUUUACCCAACGAAUUAUCCUUUGAUUUACCGAUUAAACCGCUCAUCGAAUCGUCCAUCAAUUUAGACAUUGCAUCGAUUGAUCAAAGUAAAUACAACGAUCGCUCAUUUAGAUGUUUUGCUUGUGACCAAGUAACAAAAAUUCGUUAUUAUGUUUCGCGAAAAUCUGAUACAAACAUUAGUGAGCUAACGGGAGUUGUUCAAAGGAGAAUUAGUGAAUUUAAACAGUUUAUUAAUACUUUCAGAAAAGAUUUUUACAACAAAAAUGAAUGGAGUGAACUUGAUAUUUUGUCAAAUAAAUUUGUCGAGAUAAACUCAGUGAAUAUUUUAACAGAACAACAAUGAUUAUCACAAAUAUUUCUAUUAAAUUA